AUGGUUUUUGGAACCUUGUACACAUUCCCUGGCGACCAGUGCCGAACAAUAGCAAUCAAAGCUGUCGCCAAAGCGAAUGGACUCGACCUGGAUAUUCGCGAAACCCCCAGAACUCCUGACCAUCUGAGUAUCAGCAAGCUCGGCAAGGUCCCUGCCUUUCAAGGUGCCGAUAGCUUCAAGCUGUUUGAAUGCAUGGCCAUUGCUCUCUACAUCACUUCUCAGAAUGAACAAACCACUCUUCUCGGAAAGGACAAGAAGGAAUACGCGGAGAUCAUCAAGUGGAUGUCUUUUUUCAACACCGAGAUAGUCAUCCUUAUGACCCAACAAUUACUGCCCCAGCUGGGUGUGAUUCCGUACGACAGAGACCAGGUGGAGUUCUUCGCCAACAUGACCCAACGAUCCGUCGAUGUGGUCGAGGAGUAUUUGCAGGACCGCACAUUCCUCGUUGGCGACCAGCUCUCCCUUGCUGAUCUGUUCUGUGCGGGAAACAUCUCGCUUGGCUUCCAAUUCUUCUACGGCAAAGCCUGGAGGCAGCAGAAUCCAAACGUGUCUCGCUGGUACGAGAUGGUUUGCCAUCAGCCCAUCUAUGCGGCUGUGACCGACAAGUUUCAGCUUCUGGAUGAGCCCAAGCUGACCAACAAUCCGCCUGAAAAGAAGCCUGAGACCGUCCCGAAGAACGGUGCUGCUGUUGCUAUUGAGGCUACGCAGGCUUAG